AAACUUACAAGCUUUUUAAAUGAACUUUUGCACACAAAGAAAUGUGACAUGGCUUCCCCUUUUCUAUGUCCCUACAUCAAAUGAGAGUUUCUAAUUGCAAAAAAGAUUUAAACUUUUUUGAAGAUGAAUUAUUAUAAGUAUGGCAUCCGUGCUCAACAUGCAAGCAUCAAUUUAACUUGAGGGGAAAAAACAAUCUUGUGAAAUGCUAUUGAUUUUUCUACAGGAAUUGCUCCUGAAAUAGACACAACCUAGAGAAGCCACAAGCCACAAAGUAAAUUUAACAAAUUUGCUUCAGCAGUGUGCAACACAACACACAUGGACAUGAAAACAGACGUGAUGCACUUUUAAGAUAACAGAUUGUAAGCUGAGUUUUUACUGAUAAGUUCAACUGUGCUGUUUCCUCUAUCUAGCAGUGAAACACUGACAAUGCUGUUUGGACACAGCUUUCUGCUUGCACAUGUGUGAACAAUAUAUAUAUAUAUUUUUCUUGAGCAGGUGCAUUGUAAGCAGGAAAUGAUAAAUUGGCCCAGAGAUAAGAGUGUGAUGUUAUUUACAGGAAAGGAAGCGAAAAUGAGAGAGUAGAUAAAGGCAGAGAGGAGGACUGUGUGUGUGAAGAGAGGGCUGAGAAAGAGCUUAGACUGAGCGGAUAAACUGACACAUAAUGAGUUUUCACACUUCAGUGCUAAAAUGUAGCUCCGUCACAGGCAGGCAGGCGAGAGUGCAAGAUGGAAAGAGACCCAGAGAGAGCUGGUUUUGUCUUUAAGAAGCUUUUAUUUAGUGUCUUUCUUUCGUUUUGUCUUCCUUUUGAAAGGAACACAGUUGUGCUGUAGAGGGUCCCUCUAAGAUACCUCUUAUCUUCUGUUAACAGACUGAGCUACACUGCCAUGAUAAAACAUGACAUUCCGGACAUUUUACGCUAAAGGCAGUACAGAUAUUGGCAACUCUAAAGGCUCAUAAAAAUGACGUGGUUACUUCUGAGAUGAUGGAGGACACGAACGGACUUGGCCAUGUGAUGGAGGAGGGUGAGGUGGAUGUUCUCAGACAAACCAAAGUUCAGCCACAGGCCAACAACAACAGACCCAACUGGUCAAAUGGUCAAUGUGUUCUGGCAAUGCCAAGCUGUUCAACGCUAAACCCCAGCUUUGAUCUGUCUCUGUGCCGUGCCAAACUGGAGAAUGAUGGUUUUCAGAUUCCAGUUAGAGACAUGGAGGCUCCACUGAAAGCAGCUCUGGACGUUCCCUCAGUCAGGAGAUACAUGGUUUUCAACUCGGCUCUCUUCCAUUUUAUAAUGGCGCCGGUGCUGUAUGUGGUGGUGUGGUGUGCCAUGUUCUCCACCCUCCACCUCUACAUCACUGUCAGUGACUACUGGGUCCUCUGUCUCUCUGUCAGUCUGGUCUCCAUCUUCCUUACCACUGCCAUCAUCUUCAUCCUCCACCACAGUAACAAGGACAUCAACAUGAACUUAGACAUUCGGUUAAUCCAGGUGAAUGAGAGGAUGGUGAAACACAAGCUGCUGGUGGCCGUGGCCGACUGGGUGAAGAACUGCAGUGGAAACAUGCAGGUUGUUCUUAUAAAAUCAACUGAAACUCUGUACUUUGUGUAUUGGGACAUGUCCCGCUGUCUGAGGGCACUGACUGAAACUUUAGAGGAGCACAGCUUUGUGGCAAAUGACACCCAGAACAAACUGAAGAGGAAGAUGUCCCACCUCGUCCUUGUGACUGAGGUCACGGCUGUCGACCCCGAGGUCAGUCAGUCAGAUGUGGAGGAGAGCUCAGAUGAACAAAGGCCUCUGCUGAGAAAUGAGGAGACGGGCUGCAGUACCUCAACUAGCCAGCGGGAGGACGCCAAACUCAACACCAACUACAGCCUCAUUCCUGAUGCAUCGCUACCUGCUCAGGCUAAAGCCUACCAGCUUCUGAUGACCUACAGCGCAGCUUAUGUGAAGCUACUGGUGUCGGAGAGGCUGUCAGGACCAUCAAACCACCACCUACGUCCCAGGAGGAAUCACUGCACCACUGCCCCUCUCUGCCUCUGCCAGUACAUUAAAAAGAAGAUCCUUCUAUAACAGGGCCGACCAGUGUCAAAUCAGGAAGCUGGUACAUGGAACUGGUGGACUACACUGUUUUUUAAAAAAGACCUGUGCUUCGCACCCAUGAACAGACAAACUAAUAUGUGGGAGCAAACAUGGAUUAGGCUACAUGUUUAAGGACAUUUUGAUCACAUGAAGGACCUGUUUGGAGCUUCAGACUCUUGAUUUCUCUGUUUUUAAGGCGGUUGCUCCAGCCUGCAGGCUACUGUACUUAUGCUACUGUUUUCAUGCCAGCUCUGUGUUUGCACCACCUGGAUCUUUGUCCAUUUGGUCCCAACAAUUUCUGCAUCCUGCCAAAUGCUGUCACACCGAGAACACACUGAGGUCUAUUCCAGCUGCUGUAAAACAAUAUUUGUACUCUUGUACACAUGACAAUUACAGCCUUAGUAACUGCUGUUUAAAUUAUUUAUAUACACAAAUAUAUAAAUAUUGAUUCUUGCAAUUUGA